CGCCCUUCUAAGUCUCUCACGACACAUUCCCACAUGCUUAUUAUUUUGCGAUCUUUCUAACCUGUAUCAUAACUCUCCGCCAGACGGAUAAGGUGCUUACUCUGGUGCGCUUCAUACCUAGGUACUCGACAUCCACUCACCACGUCGAGGAUCUCCGCUCCUGCGCAAGAUGUCGAAGUCACCGGAAGAGAGGAUACCAGAAGAAGACGAUAACGCCGAAGCACCGCUCACAAUGGCUGCGUCCGUCGUUCUGACGCAUCUGCCGCGGGAUGCGUCCAGAGCGUUGGAGACGGCGGGAAAUUUAGGCGUCGAGAAAGUCACAAUCCGCUUUCAACCCAUCGGCUCAGCGCCCCACCUCACCCAGCGCGUCUUCAAGCUCUCGUCAAACCAACGGUUCGAAACCAUCGUCCGCUUUCUGCGCAAGAGGCUUGCUGUUAAGGAACACGAGAGUGUGUUUUGCUACAUUGGCAAUGUGUUCUCGCCGGCGCUGGAUGAGGGUGUGGGGAAUUUGUGGGCGUGCUUCAAGCAAGGCGAGGAGCUUGUAGUUGGGUACUCUAUGGCGCCUGCAUUCGGCUGAUUGCGCUAUUCGUAGCGUACGUAUGGGGCCGCCUGGGGCACUUCAGCCUACCGUACCUCUCCGGUCAGCGAAUUGGGACACGAGGCAAGUUUGCGUAUGGAACAAAGGCUGGCAGAUAGGUAGGAAUGAUCAACGUCAUGUUCAUGACGGGGGAAGGGAUUGAAGAUGGAUAUCCAAAGUAAAUCUAUUCGCGCA